GACUGAAGCCGCGUAAGUAGGGGCAGGAGCUUAUUAGGUAGAGGGAAGGAUUUGAGUCUGUUUACGGGGUUUACCCGUCUCGGGGACCUUGGGCAGGUGGGUAAGUCUCUUUUCACACCUCAACGCCUCCGUUUUCCACUUCUGUUAAAUGGUGAACUUUGACCAAGGGAUGCCAGGGGCCCUUCGUGCUCCGAGUUGAGCCCAGCGGGGGCAGUGGGGGUCUCCCACCUCCCGGGUCCCAAGAAUCGAUUUGGUUCUGCCAAGAAAAGGAAUCUCAUGAGACCCAUUUAUCCCGUCAUUUUAGGUUAAAGCGAUUUUCCCAAGGUCACGCCUCUAAGUGACAGAUGGGUUUUGAACUCGGGGCUUUACCACUACCUCCAGACCCCAUGAGCAUGUGCACCCAUUGCCUAACAUUCAAGAGUCUGGAUUCUUGAAAAGAGCCCACUCGCCCUCACUCGCUUAUCUGUAAAAUGGAGAGAUGAGGUUUGGAAACUUUUGCACGAAGUGCCUGUGGCUAUAGUUGAAAUCGCCAGUUGAGGAUAUUUGAUGACAUGUACUAUAACCCAAAUCUCAUGAUUCAGACCCUUGUUGACUGUUAAUUGACCUUAAUCCUGGAAGAAAUUGUUAGACCUGGAAAUAGCACUUUGGUGACCUGAGAAUGCAGUUGCCUUUCUACAGAAAACUGGGUACCUCACUUAAAACCAUGACCAGGUGGGCACGAACUAACACAGCACAUAACAAAAAAGCUUUGAAAGCAACAUCAUGGGAAGACAUGAAGAAGGGAUCUACAGAACAAGCAACCCCAAAUCUACAGAAGCAUACACAGUUUCAUUCCAGUGGCCUCUCCCUUAAGAAUGAUGUACCUCGAUCAAAAAACAAAAAGAAAACAUCUUAUACCAAUCAAGAUGUAAAUGGGUUCAUGGAAUAUCUAAGACAGAAUGGAGAGAUGACUGCAGUGGGUAGCUCAGAAAUAAGAGAAGAAAUAGCAAUAGCUCUCAAAAAAGAUAGUCGCCGAGAAGGAAGGAGGUUGAAAAGACAGAAAAUAAAGAAAAAUGCAAAGGUUUGUUACCAUUGCAGAAAACAAGGCCAUGGAGUGGCUGACUGCCCCGCUGUUCUUGAGAGUCAAGAUAUGGGUACUGGAAUCUGUUACCGAUGUGGUUCUACUGAACAUGAAAUAACCAAAUGCAAAGCCAAAGUAGACCCAGCUAUGGGAGAAUUUCCUUUUGCAAAAUGUUUCAUUUGUGGAGAGAUGGGACACCUAUCAAGAUCUUGUCCUGAUAAUCCUAAAGGACUUUAUGCUGAAGGUGGUGGUUGUAGACUUUGUGGUUCUGUAGAACAUUUUAAGAAAGAUUGCCCUGAGAACCAGAAUUCAGAUCACAUGGUCACCGUUGGCCGUUGGGCAGAGGGAAUGAGUGCAGAUUAUGAAGAAAUUUUAGAGGCUCCCAAACCACAGAAACCCAAAACAGCAAUAGCUAAGGUUGUUAAUUUUUGAUAGCAGACAGAGACAAUCUUACAGUAUGUUAUAGUUUGAACUGGGACUACCCUUCAGGGUUAGAAUUGAGUUCAACACACAAGAAAACAGUUCCUGAACAUAUACUGCAGGUGGAAAUUUGACCACCUAAAAAGGAUUAUAAACAAUAUGAGUGUUGUUAAAAUUCCUUUUCUGGAGUUUUGUGCACUGAAGAGGUGUCCCACCAUCAUGAAAUACUUACAACAAGCAUUUGGUGCUUAAACUGGAAUUUCUGGGGGAAACCUAGUUCUUAAAACAGUACCUGCAAAGCACGAAUGAUUUCAAUUGAUAAGAAUCUUGUUUUUUAAAAAUAAAUAACUAAUGAAAAUAAUGAAAUAAUUUGAAGUUAAAAAAAUAGAUCUGCCCAUGGCGGUGAGCUGUUUAUAUUUUUUUGUAAAAGUUAUAUUUUUGCAUAUAAUUUAUUUUACCAUAGUGGUAUUUUAAGAGCUCAAAUUUUUCUACUCUUAAAAUUUAUUGUUUUUGAAUAUUUUAUAAAAAUUACUUUUCCUAUCAUGACUCUUUAUUUCCUAAAAAUUUCAUUCCUGACUAAAUUUGCUCCUCUUUUUUUUGUCCAUGGCAUUACAUUUUGUAUAUUUUUGGAAACAAAGUCAUUCAUAAAAAUGGAAAUUGGUCCAUGCCUUUUGGAAAAGGGAAUAUUGGGCUCACCUCUACUUUGGUUUUGCUAAAAGGUACAGAAUUAUAAUGAAGUUAAACAGAACUGAAGUCUACCAGCACCUGUCCCUCCCCCCGUUGUCCUUGAUUUGGCAAGAGAAAUUCUAGCAAAGGACCAGGUGGACAUUUUUUUGUUGCAUAGAGCAUAUGGAGUCUAAAACUCACCAGUGUGAUCAUGUAUCUAGAUGAGUCCGAGUGAGAUACAAGCAGCACCAUAAUGGAGUUAGAACACUAAUCAGGGAAACAUUAGAUCCUUUGUUUUAUUUGAUGAAUACAUGCAUACUUAAUACAUACAUUUCACAAGACAUAACUCUGCUAUUGUACUGUAUAAUAGAGUGACUGGGGUGUAUUGUGUAUUUCAUUUGAAAUUUUUACCUGAUUGGAUACAUUUAUAACUAAAGGAAACAGCUGUGAUUAGUUACUGCAGCUUUGCUAGCAAAAUAUUUACCAAAUAAGAAAAGAGAUACUUUUCACUGUUGUCAUGUCUGGGGAACUGAACAAUGUCGGUGUUUUUUAACAGGCUUCACUGUUUUCUUUCUGUAGUGAAAUGAAAACAUGAGGACAGCAAAUAUAACUCGGUAUUCUUGGGGCUUAAA